UAAGGUCCUUUUCAGCUCUAAAUCUAGGAUCAAUCUUCUAUUUCUUUUCUAUUCCUCCUCCUCACCUCAUUUGUGGUGCCUAGUAUGGUUCUCUGUGUAGUGAAUGCUCAAUGAGUGUUAUUCACUAACUGCAGAUGCUGAGGUAAGUGGAAGUAAUGGCGUGACUUGGGAGUCACAGGAGGGGAUCAAGCUGUUUGAAGAAUGACUGCAUUUCUCCUGUUUGCUCUGUUCUCAUGCUCUCCAUCUCUUUUUCUUUUCCAGCUAAUCAGAGAGAUGGCUCCAGUUCUGCUGUUCCUGUGCUGUAGGCAGCAGCCAUGAUCCUAGCCACUGAAAUGAUUCCCCUGGUUUCGCUAGGUUUCAGUGGUUCAGGAUGCAGCACUGGUGGUUCCCCAAGGACAGUUCCUCCAAUCCCAAUGUCUAUUGUGAUAAAGAGAUGGCAGAACGUGUCAAUAAACACCUUGACUUUUGCAAAUACAAAAAUGACUUUCUGCAUGAUGAGAUCCAGAAUAUCAUCAAUGUUUGCCAGCUCCCUGCUAUUACCUGUAAGAAUGGCAGAGAUCGCAACUGUCAUAAGAGCUCAACAGCGAUUGACAUGACCAAACGCAUUCUCACCUGGAAGAAUGCCAGCUACCGCUUCCGAGGCACUGUUACCAAAGCACGUUUUGUGGUGGCCCGUAGUCCCCCCCAACCUAAUGACCCCCAAAGGGAUCUGCUGCUUCCUGUGCAUCUGGAUUAGGCCCCCACCACAUGUUACUUCCACUCUCCAAGGUGAUUCUGCCCCUCCUACUCCUUUACCCUUCUGCUUCAGGUCUCAUUCUGCUUGUUUCUUCUGUAGCAUUUGCUCAUUUCCCAAAUUCCUGGAAUCCCUCUCUUCCCAUUAACCCAGUAGUCAUUCUCCUAGUUGAGGUCCUUCUGGGUCUAGUGGUCAUAUUUUUGACUGGUGAUAGCACAACAGCGUGGGAGGAAGCUGCAUUAUUAAUACUUUACUUGACGUUCAUUGAUAAAAGUUAUUUUCCCUAUUCUCUACUCAUGGGAUCAUAGAUGCAGACCUGGAAGGGACCUCAGAGGUCACCUAAGUCAAGUAGAUUCAUUUUCCAGAUGAGGAACUUAAGGCCCUGAGAAGUUGCCUUUUUUCCCCCUCAAGGUCACAGGGGUGUGGGAAACAUUAAAGAUGGAAUUUGCAUGUAGGUUCUGUGACUUUAGGGCAGGAGUCCUUAGCCUUGUUUGGUAUUGCAGGCCCCUUUAACAAUCUAGUGAAGCCUGUAGACUCCUCAAAAUGUUUUUAAAUACUUGAAGGAAAGGCUAAUUUUCAGCUAGAGGAUAGUCAAAAUAAAAAAUAUAACUUUUCCCCCUUCAAGUUUACAAAUCAUCUAUGAUUUUUCCUUGAACCUUUCCAUGGAUCCCAGCCGUGACCUGUUCCAGGACACUAUUCCUCUCUCUCCAUGAAUGAUGUGGAAUGGAAUGGUCUUUCUCCAUCAUUUUUUUUGUACUUAAUAUUAUUUUUUCAAUUACAUGUAAAAUUUCAACAUUCAUUUUUGUAAG